AUGGCUAUUUUCGGUGUUGCUGGUGAGAAUAGAAAUGAUGAAAUUACUCAGUAUCAAAUGGGUCGCUAUAUUAGUAGCAAUGAAGCUGUCUGGAGGAUUAUGUCGUUUCCAAUGCACGAAAGACAUCCUGCGGUUGUUCACUUGGCUGUACAUCUUGAGAAUGGCCAACGUGUUUAUUUUAAUGUAGCAAAUUUAUUGGAAAGAGCAGCGCAACCACCAGCAACUACGUUAACAGUUUUUUUCAAAUUAUGCGAAACUGAUACAUUUGCGAUAACUUUGUUAUAUUCUGAAGUGCCUCAGUAUUACACAUGGAAUGUGUCUUCGAAAAAAUUUCAAAGACGUAAACAAGGAACAGCAGUUCAUGGGCAUCCUGGCAUUUUCCAAACAGAUGCAAUUGGUAGAAUAUAUACAGUACAUCCAAACAAAGUUGAGUGUUUUUAUUUGAGAUUGUUAUUAGUUAACGUGAAUGGCCCAAAAUCAUUUCAAGAAUUGAGAACAGUCAACGGUCAUUUGUGUGAAACAUACCGUGAAGCAUGCCAACUUUUGCAUUUGUUGGAGGAUGAUGCUCAUUGGGAUUCAACACUUCAUGAUGCAUCUAUUUCUGCUCAUCCUCAACAAAUACGAAUGCUGUUUGCCGUUAUAUUAUCAACAUGUAUGCCAUCAAAUCCAUUUGAACUAUGGAACAAAUAUAAACAUAAUAUUGCAGAAGAUAUUUUAAUUCGUAUGCGUCAUCAUGCAAGAAAUCCUGAUUUGUUGAUAACUUUGAAAAUAUACAACGAAGCUUUGAUAAUAAUUGAAGAUAUGUGUCUACGGAUUGCAAAUGAAACAUUAGUACAAUUGGGUAUGACCGCACCAAAUCGUGACAUGCAUGAUCUGUUUGAUCGUGAUUUGCGUUUAUUUGUACAAUCGAAUAUAAUCUAA